AUGUCAAUCGUUCUUCAACCAAGGACGCCACGGGCGGACGGUCUUCUUCAAUUUUCACCAGCCUCGUUGCUGGGCGGAGUAGCCCUCGCUAGAACUCUGGACGCAGUUAACGAAUACUUCUUAUUCAUACGCCAACGGGUCUUUGGAAUAUAUAGCCCAAUCGCAUCAAACCCCGAAUACGGGCUUUCUAUCCUAUAUAACGAGGAACUCAAGCACUGCAAGUGGCUAUAUUAUGAGCUACGCGCUCGGGUAUCACCUGAAAUUGAGGUGCUAUUCGAUCAUCAAUCCAGUCACUCGAACAAGGAACGAGUCUGGAAAGAAAUCUACGAUAGAAUUGGUUUCGAGGUUACCAACCCUUACCGGUUCAACCGCAUUAACCCACACAGACAUUUUCAUCUAGAUAGGGCUGUUGGGAUUGUCGUAGGACUAGAAAUACCUGAGUUCUACCCAAACAACUUGGAGGUUAACCACCGUGCGGUUCCUUGGGAGGAUGGGGGGUUCACCGACUUCAAAAUACAUGAACGGCGGACGCCUUCGGGCCUAUCCACCAGCAAUGCAGUAAAUGCCGACAAUAACACCUCGUCAACAGUCAAUUUACAGACUAGGAGACAAGCCAGUCAUUCCGAAAAGCGCUUCUAUGACCCAUUUUGUGGAUGGAUUUAUCACCUUAUUCCGGCCCGCAGUGAUAAUUGUCCACGGCCCCGUCACCCACGUAAGCUCAAUGUCAGUUCGGAUGUCUCUACCCAAGACCAAGCGAGUAGAGUCGAUGAAAGCAACCCCUCUCCGAGGCUAGAUUUAGGAGCUGAGUUCUUGACCCGGCCUGAUCCGAAAGAUGACGUCUUCGGACCCCAGCCGCGAACAUGCGCGGUGUGUAACAUUAUAUUUAAGGCCAAUACCUUCGUUUCCGAGGUACACCUCAAUGUAAAUCGCGGCUUGUGGCGCAAAGAUUUGCUCCAGGACUAUCCGUCCGUAGCACGCGACAUAAUACACGAAGAAUGGGCUUUGAAAAACCCCGAAUUUGUAGCUGAGCGAAGACGAGGCUACCAUCCCGAUCGAAAUCAACAGUACGGGAAACCUAUAGUUUACCCUUCGGAAGCUGGGAUUGAGACCAUUGCUAAGGCCGUCCUGGAUUUUAUAAGUGAUCGUGUGAGAGAUGCUAGGCUAGAGCCAACAGUAACGGAUGCCGCGGCGUAUCCGCAGCUCAAGACCAUGUUGUCUAAUAACAUCAUACCCGAGACAGGCAACAAUGGUACAGAUGACAGCGCGUUAGUUUCCGGCGAGACUAACGACACCCAGGAAAACAUGUCGCCAUGGUAA